GUUAGAAUCCACAAAUAAAUUUGAGAUUCUGAGUGAUAGAAAUGGAAAUGGAUUGCCGCUCGUAGCUUUUAGGUUGAAAGCCAAAAAUAUACAUUAUGAUGAGUUUGAUGUUGCCCAUCGUAUUCGUGAACAUCAAUGGAUUGUACCAGCUUAUACUAUGGCACCACAUAUCCAACAUAUUAAAUUGUUACGCGUUGUAGUGCGUGAAGAUUUUUCACGUGAACGAUGUGAUCUUUUUAUUAUGGAUUUGAUGCAUACCAUUGAUUAUUUGGAUAAAAUGGAUAAAGAUAGUAUUAGCGUAAAAAGAACUGCGACCCAAGGAUGGAAAGCCCUAAAAAGUAUCACACUUCUGGGAUUUAAAAAUCAAUCUCAUAAAACCAAUGGA